UGAGUAUCCGCUGGUUAACAAUAGCGGCGGCUCAUCUAAGUUUUUGAAGAUGGAUCGCUUCACUUGGUGCUCGUCUUCAAAUCUGUCAAUUUUCCCCGGAGAGACUUUUGUCCAUGAGCAGUCAGGAGUCAGAAUAUACGAUGGAGAUAAUAAGACAACGUUUGAUAAUGGAACUGUAAAACUGACAUCCCAUCGAGUUAUCUGGGAUGACACACAACAACAGAAUCGUGCCAUAUCUAUCCCAUUAUCCCUGGUCAGUAGAACAGAGGAACAAGGCUCUGGUUUUAUGAGCAGUGCAAAGGUGACAAUUCAUCUACACCCCAUGCCCCCAGGUAAAGAGCCAGGUCCAAGUGUGUCAAGUCCUUACUCCUAUAUCCGAUUCUCAUUCAAACAAGGGGGGCAUUCAGAGCUAUUCAGCAGGCUUGUGGAACAAUUGGGCAAGAAAGCUUGGCAGACUCUUCCCUCUGCUUCCACAAGCACCACAAAAUCAGGGUUGAGAUCACGCGGUGUUGGAGGUAUUGUUGGUAUUGAGAGAAAACUAGAACAACAGAGCAAGCAAACAGAUGACAAUAUCAAUAAGGCUUUCAAAGACCUGGACGCCCUAAUGGAGAAGGCUAAAGAAAUGGUGGAAAUUGCAGACAAAGUUGCUUCUAAACUUGAAGAGAAAAAAGGUUCAAUCACUGAAGAUGAGACGGUGAUGUUCAAAUCAUACUUGCUUAGCAUGGGAAUUGACAACCCAGUCACUAGAGAUACAGUUGGUACAGGGGCUAACUACCACAAUGAGCUUGCCAAAGAACUUGGGAAAUUCUUAGAUGCCAUUAUCAAGGAUGAAGGAGGUAUGAUGGCUCUAAGCGAUGUGUAUUGUCGAUUUAACAGAGCCAGAGGCAUGGAGCUUGUAUCACCUGAAGACCUGGUGAAUGCUUCACAACAAUUUGAGAAACUUAGAAUACCGCUGAGGCUGCGUCGGUUUGACAGUGGUGUCCUUGUUGUGCAGUCAAUCUCCCAUAGCGACGAGGAAGUCGUCAUCAGCACCAAAAAAGCUCUCGAUGACAAGGGCUCCUUGACCGCGGAAGAGCUGGCGCAUUUUGCUGAAGUGUCUGUCAUGCUUGCCAAGGAGAGGUUAGUUGUCACUGAAAAAGCCGGCAAAGCGUGUAGAGACGACAGUGUGGAGGGCUUGCGCUUUUAUCCGAACCUCUUCGCAGAACGAGAAGCUUAAGUGGGAAGAUUCGUUCGCUGCUUGGAGAUCCUGUGGUCUUUCAGUGUCCUUCCAAAGAAGCACGGGUUAACCAAAAUGAAUCGUAGAAGAUAGUGAAAUUAAUUGUGAAAGAAAAAUCUACGAGCUUUGUGGCCGCCAACAAUGUUGGAAGCAGUCAUGUUUGGAGUUAAUAAGAUUCUAGUAUAAUCAGAGCCGUUCCUCUAGCAUAUGUGCAAGUCGAAUCUGCUCAUACUUACAGAUCUAGUGUAUGGACAUAUAUGAGGGAGCUAUGGGCCUCUCUCAUCCAGAAGAAUGAGGGUUCGCCAACGCCUGUUCCGCUCAAUUUCUAAUCAAGGCGCUGGUGUUCAUGAAGGGCCAACAAUACCACGACAAGUUCUUUUAUAAUGAACCUUAAUUUUAUGAGAAGAAACAUUGUAGAAAUCCCCAAAAAGGAAUGGGAAACACACGAAUAGUAUCAGAGGAAUCGAGUAAGAAGCGUCAGUCAGUGACACAUAAAUAAGAGUCCGA